AUGUCCCAAUAUCCGAAAUAUAUUUUAUCGAAUCCUAUUCAUAAAUAUCUAUUUAAUUAUAAUAAUUUACCUGAAUAUAUAUAUUAUAAUUUCAGUCAAUUUUAUAAUUUAAAACCAAAUACAUCUUUACAAACUUUAUAUCAAGCAUUACCACGUUCGUAUAAAUUAAUUAAACAAAAAUCUUUAGCAAAUAAAACAAAAUCUAAUAAACAAAUAAGAACACGACGACGACAAAAUGAUGAAAAUGGCUAACAUCUUGAUUGUAAUGGUUCAUUUACACGAUAUUUUACAUUUGAUCCAACUGCAAAAUUUCUACUUAUAGCUAAUCAAAAAUCAAAUAAUUUAGUUUGUUUUUCAUAUAAUCGUGAUAAUGGUUCAUAUACAUU